AUGGAACCAACUUUGGAUAAUGAUAAAUUGUACAGACCAUCCUAUAUUAUUAGCAUUGAGCCAUCUCCAAGAGCAGGACCAGUAAGUGUGGAAGAUAUUAAAACAGAUCUCUCCUCUGAAUUCUCUUUGGUUUCUUCAAGCUCAGAUGUCAGCCAGAGAAGCAGUUUGGAGUCCAAGGGGCACAUACAAGUUUGCCUACGUAUUAGGCCACUUACACCACUGGAAAGAGAAAAUGGAUCACAGGACUGGAUUUCACUUGAAGAUUCAACAGACAUCAUACUGAAGCCUCCCCAGAGUUAUUUGAGUCGACUAAGUGAAAAAACUGCUGGCCAGAAGUUCACUUUUUCACGAGUGUUUGGACCUGAAACAACUCAAGAAGAAUUCUUUGAAGGUACCAUGAAGCAACCAGUGCAAGAUUUCUUGGAUGGAUAUAAUCGUCUUGUUUUUACCUAUGGUGUUACAAAUGCUGGGAAAACCUACACAUUCCAAGGGACAGAAGAUGAUGUUGGUAUUCUGCCAAGGACUAUGGAUAUGUUGUUCAAAAGUAUUCAAGGAAAGCUAUACCCAGCAAUGGAUAUCAAACCCCAUCGGUGUAGAGAUUAUGUAAAGCUGACUGAAAGCCAAGUGAGAGAAGAAACUACUAUUAAAAAUUCACUACUUCGCCUAAUAAAAGAGGCAGACCAUCAGAUUAGCAGUAACAGCAAAGCACCUGUUGAUUCUAAGGAUUUGGAAGAUCUCUCAAACAACUUGGAACAAUCUAUCACAACAGAAAGAAAUUUUAUCAAGUUUUCUGUCUGGAUUUCAUUUUUUGAGAUUUACAAUGAGUGUUUUUAUGAUCUCCUGGUUCCUAUCUCAAAUGACAAGAAAAGAAAGACACUUCGCCUUGCCCAAGACAUCAAGGGAUGUUCUUUUGUAAAAGAUCUGCAGUGGAUUCAGAUUUCUGACUCUAAAGAAGCUUUUAGACUUCUAAAACUGGGAUUGAAACACCAGAGUAUUGCAUGCACAAAACUAAAUAAUUCUUCCAGCAGAAGUCACAGCAUAUUCACGGUUAAGCUACUGAAAAUUGAAGAUUCAGGAACACCACGAGUGACCAGAGUCAAUGAAUUGUCAUUGUGUGAUCUUGCUGGUUCAGAAAGAUAUACCAAGACCCGCAAUGAAGGUGACAGAUUGAAAGAGAGUGGAAAUAUAAAUAGCUCUCUCCUGACUCUAGGCAAGUGUAUUAAUGCACUCAAGAACUCUCAACAGUCAAAGCUGCAGCAGCAUAUACCCUUUCGGGAAAGUAAGUUAACUCAUUUCCUUCAAGGAUUCUUCAGUGGAAAGGGGAAGGUAUUCAUGAUAGUAAACAUAAGCCUAUGUGCUUCAGCGUAUGAUGAAACACUCAACGUGCUAAGGUUCUCGGCCAUUGCACAAAAAGUAAGUGUUGUAGUUAUGGACACAUCUAUUCUUCCCCAAGAUCAGUCAUUUGGCCAGAAAUUGGCAGGAGAAUCAUUACUGCUUGAUAUCAGUAAAAUGCCAAUCCCAAGGAAAAGGGCUACUAUGCUAUGGGACAGAACCUUGGAAGAUGUGCUUGAAUGUGAUGAUGAUGAUGAUGAGAUGGAAGAACAGAAUAAUCCGUCAAGAGAAGAAGCAGCACAGGAAAGCGAAGGAAAUGAAGUUGUUGUUGGAAAAGAAGAAUAUAUGACACUGCUGAGUCUUGUAGAAGAGUUGAGGAACAAACUUGUUACUGAGAAGACGGAUAAGCUACUGCUGGAACUAAAAAUUCGUGAAGAAGUGAUACAAGAAUUCACCAACUAUUUUGCUGAGCGGGAAAUAGAUUUCAAGGAGUGUCUUUCUCGUGAACGAGCACAGCUUGAAGAAAAUUCUGAAAAACGCCUGGAAAUCUUCAAGGAACUUGUCAAGGAUUAUACUAAAAAUACAAAUGAAGAAAAUAAAUCACAAGAUCAUCCUUGCAGUGAGCAAGCUGCACCUCCGGGUGAAGAACAUAGCACAGGGCGAGGUAACUACGUUGGUUUUGAGGGUGUUAUUGAUUCUCUGCAGAAUGAUAUUGCUGAUAUCAAAAGUCAGGCAGAAGCAGCAAAACAGUUCAUUGAGUCCCUAGAGGAUCCACAGCAAACUAUAGAAUGGCUUGAAAAACAGCUGGGGGAAAUUACCACUGAACUAAUUGAGUCCAAAGAACAGCUGGCAAAUAAAACCAAAGAGCUUGAAACACAGAGGAUGAAAUUGGAUGAGUCUGCUGAGCAACUUAAAGAAGCAACUGAGAAAAUGAAUAUACAGAAUAAAAGGAUUCAGGAACUAAUAGACAUGGUACAGCAAAAAGAUGAAGCUAUUCUGAGACUACAAGAUUUGAUAACCCAUUCAGAAGAAACCACGAAACAUUAUGGCAACACUGUGACUACCGCUAAAAGAAAACAGGCACAAAAAACCUCUAAUGAAGUGAUUGAAAGUAGCCAGUUCAAGGAUCAUGAGGAAACAGUAUUGGAAGUAGGAAGAAAACGUUGCUUUGGCAAUAAGCCCACUGUGGAAGAAGAGCCACCUACAAAGAAAGAAGAUAAGAGAGAGAGUUGGAAAAAUUACUCUCUUGAUCUAAAGAGGGCUAAUGCUUCUGAGACCCAUGCAGAAAUACUAGCACUGAAGGAAAGAACAGAAACCUUGGAAAGUCAGAUAGCUGCACUGGAAGAACGAUGUCAAAGAGAAAAAAACAAAAAAGAAGAGUUCAGGGAGCAGAUAACAAGCCUGCACCUAAAGCUGUCAGCUUCUGAAGAAAGGGCUUCUGGCUUAAGUGAAGAACUUCAGCGAAGUCAAGCUGAGUAUCAGGAGAUUGCUUCUGAAUUGGACAAACAGAAAACUAUAAAUAGGGAACAAGAAGAAAAGAUUAUUCAGCUAAAUAAUGAAGUAACAGGUGCUAAACAAAAUAUAAUGGAUAAAGUAUCACAAAUUAAAACAAUGCAGUCUCAAGUAGAUGAGCUGUAUAAAUGUCACUUAGAGUCUUAUGCUAUGGAUGUUGACUUAGUUAAUCUAAAGGAUUCCUUAGACCCUCAAAAAGAUGAACCACAGACAGCUCAAACGAGUCCUGUAUCCAUGCAGUUCCAGACUACUUCUGCAGCAGAUCUGAGACAGGAGAACUCCUUUCACCGCAGUAUUGACAGUAUUUGGGAAGAAUGCAAAGUUAUUAUUAGGGCUUCUUCACAAAAAAGUCAUCGGAUUCAAGAACUACUUCAACAAGUUGAAGACUUAAAGAAGAGUCUUCAUGAUUCUGAGAAUGAUAAUAAUCAACUAAAAAUGAAAUUAAAUGAGGUUGCAAAUCAUCAGUCUGCAAAGGAAAAAGAUCUUAUGAAUCAGUUACAAGAGCAAAUGCAGAAGAAAACUGAGGAUUUUGAAAAACAGGCUGCAGAAGGUCAGGGAGUAAUUGCACAGCUUCAGGAGGAAGCUACUGGCUACAAGAGAAAAAUAAAAGAUCUUGAAUCCCUAUUGGAGGCUUUUAGGAAUAAAGAUGACAGCAUAAAAAAGUUACAAGAAGUACUCAAAGAAAAAGAAUCUAUUAUUUCAAACCUAGAAGGUAAUACAGUAGCUCUGCAAGAAAAAUGCACCAGCUCAGACAAAAAACUGAAAGAACUGUCUGAUCAAGAAGCAAAUCUGAAGGAUGAAGUUGUGCAGCUGACAAACAGCUUGGAGAGCAUGAAGCACACUCUUCAGCAGAAGGAGAAAAAGGAGGAUGAGCAAAUACAAUCUAUAGAAUUGCUACAUAAAGAUCUUUCUGAGAGCUCUGCCCUUGUACAAAGUUUGAAAAAAGAUUUGCAGAGGAAAGAGGAAGAAUAUACAGACUUGAAAGAGAAAUUUUCUGAUGCCAAGAAGCAAAUUCAGCAAGUACAAAACGAGGUCUGUGCAAUGCAAUCUGAGGAGAAAUCCCUGAGGAAAAAGGUCAAUGAACUUGAGAAAAUGAAAAACCAGUUUAGUGAAGAAUUAGAGAUCAAACAGCGCACAAUUCUGCAACUUAAAAAGGAGCAGUCAAAUAAUGAGAAGCUGGAAGAAGUCUCCAAACAGUAUGAGAAAACACAUAAAGAUCUAUGUGCAAAGGAAAAAAUCAUUGAAGAUAUGCGAAUGACAUUAGAAGAACAAGAACAGACUCAGAUUGAACAAGAUCAAGUGCUUGAAGCCAAAAUGGAAGAGACCAACAGAUUAGUUUUGGAACUGGAAGAAUGGAAGCAAAAAUACAGAGAGCUGAAUAACCAUAUCAAUAGUGAUUGGCAGCACAAGAUGAGCAAAAACGAGGAGAAAACCAUAAAUGAAAAUGAGCAAUUACUAAAGCUGCAAAAAGAACUGAAGGAAAAUGAGACAAAGUAUCAGGCUGACAGAAGGAAGUGGCUUAAAGAAAAAAUGGAACUCAUAAGUCAAGUAAAAGAAGCUGAGAGCCAUCGCAACAGAGAAAUGAGGAAGUUUGUGGGGGAUAGAGAACAUCAUGUAAAGCAACAAGCAGAAAUUGAAAGACUUGCUGCACAGCUGGUAGAGAAGGACAGCAAUCUUCAAGAGUGGCGUGAAGAAAGAGACCAACUAGUAGAAGCUUUGGAAGUACAGCUCAAGACUUUAGCCUCUGCCAUCACACAAAAAGAUAAAGAAAUAGAGGAACUGAAACAGGCUGCACUGAAGGCUUCAGAAAAGGAAACUGAUAUAGAAGAAUUAAGGAAACAGCUGGCUGAGAAAGAUGAUUUUAUAAAGGAAUUGAAACAACACAUUAGCCAUGGAAGUCCCCAGUCUUUGGCAGAAUUACCUUUACCUGAAGGACAAGAUAAAACUGACCAGUCUGUAAACAAAGAGGACCAUUCAGAAAUUGUCCUUGACUCUGCCGAAGUGUCCGCAGAAGAUGGAAAAACUAGUCGGUUCCCAAAGCCAGAGAUGGAAAUCCAAUUCACACCUCUGCAACCCAAUAAGAUGGAGGUGAAGCAGCAGGGCAGCACCUUACCAGUUACAGUUAAAAUGCUCAGGCCAAGAAGGAAAAGGAAGAGUGAAGAGAUGAAUGAGGAUUUUGUGAAAAGUGAGAACAAGAGAAAUGCAAAACCUGCUAUGGCUGCUUCACCUUCUACAAGCAACAAGAAAAUGAUGUCUACUACACAGUCUUCUAGCAAAGAAUUCCCCUUAAGAAAGCAAGACUCGACUCUAAGUAAAAAGUCAGCUAAGAAGAAAGAUGGGACACUACACAGAAUUGGUGAUUUUUUCCAAAGUUCUCCUAAUAUUAUUCACUCUAAAGCAAAGAAGCUGAUUGAGACAAUAAGCUCUCCCAAGUCUGCAGAACCGGAAAGGGUCAAAGAAAACGAGCUCAAGCCAAAACGAGCUAAGAGGAAGCUGUACUCAACUGACAUUUCUUGCCCCCUAGAUAUCCCUGUUACUUCAAUCCUUAUGGAACCAAAAGAGAAGGAAAGUGAUCAUCUAAUCAUCAAGCGACAGCUGCGAUCAAGAAUAGCAAAAUAA